UGUUUGGUUAUGAAUUAUGCAUGUCAAAACUAUCUGAUGAAAUAAAUGUAUUGUUUAUUACUAGUGUUUUCCAGAAAGAAUACAUGACAUUAAAGACUAUGGCUAUUUUCCCCAAAAUCUUACUGAGGCCAGAGGUUGAAGAGUAUCUGAGGACAACAUUUAAAAAUGAUGAGCUCAUAACUGCUGUGGGUCCAUUGGAAGCUGAACAGAAAUUUGAGUCUCUGUUAAAUAAUUUAUCUCAUCCGCCAGCUUUCACAACUGUUCGAGUGAACACUAACUUGGCAUCUGUGGAACAUGUAAAAAGCCUGCUUUUUGAAGAGAUCCACAAGCAAUAUCCAAACCUUAAUGUUCCAGUUUUUCAGCAUCCACAACUUCCUGACAUCUUACUUAUUCCUGUUAUUGGGCCCAGAAAAGAUCUACAAAAGUUGACAAAUCAAGUUAUUGUUGGCGCACAGUGUGGUAAUGCAGUACUUCGUGGAGCACAUGUCUAUACUCCUGGAGUUAUAUCUGCUUCAAAAUUCAUGAAAGCUGGUGAUGUGGUUUCAGUGUACUCUGAUAUUGAAGGGAAAUGUAAAAGAGGAGCCAAAGAAUUUCAGGGGACCAAAGUUUUCAUUGGAAAUGGGAUUUCUGAAUUGAGCCGCAAUGAUAUUUUUAAUUCUAACGGCCCACUGAAAGGGAUGGGAAUAAAAAUGAUAGAGCCAAUUUACCUUAGUCCUUCAUUUGACAACAUGUUAUCCAGUUAUCUAUUUUUACAGAAUUUGCCCUCUGCAGUUGCAAGCUAUGUUUUGAAUCCUCAGCCAGGACAAAGAAUUUUGGACAUGUGUGCUGCUCCCGGGGGGAAAACAACUCAUCUUGCAACAUUAAUGUGUGAUGAGGGGGAAGUGAUAGCCCUGGACAAGAUAGCAGACAAAGUGAAAAAGAUUAAGCAAAAUGCUGCAUUACUGAAGUUGAAUUGUAUUAAAGCGUUUUGUUAUGAUGGUACUAAGGCACUUGCUAUUGGCAAGAGAGAGGAUGGGCAAGAAGGGCCUCCAUUCUUACCAGAAUCAUUUGAUCGAAUACUUCUUGAUGCUCCCUGUAGUGGGAUGGGGCAGAGACCAAAUAUGGCUUAUUCCUGGUCUUUAAAGGAAGUGACUUCUUAUCAGCCCUUGCAGCGCAAACUCUUUAGAGUGGCAGUGCAGCUGCUAAAGCCAGGAGGCAUCUUGGUAUAUAGUACCUGUACAAUUACGCUUUCUGAAAAUGAAGAACAGGUUGCUUGGGCACUGGAGACUUUCCCAUGCCUCCAGCUUCAGUUGCAGGAGCCCCAUAUCGGAGGAGAAGGUAUGAUGGGAGCUGCACUGUCACCUGAGCAGUUGAAACGGCUGCAGAGGUUUGAUCCAUCUGAAGCAAUUUUGCAAGGAAUGGAUUUUAAUUCAUUGCAAGAUUUGAAGUAUGAAGAUUUGAUAAGCUUGGCAAAUAAGGAUUGUAUAGGAUUUUUUAUUGCGAAAUUCUUAAAAGUGCAGUGAAAAUCGUUUAGGAGCACAACAAAUACUUUCCUGUUAACAUUUGGAGCAUUCUGAACUGUACAUCAUGCUGCUGCAAUGUUGCCAAGCCAACAGGCUGACGACACAGUUGCUAUAGCAGCAGUAAAAUCUGCCAGCUGUUUCCCUUGGGAGAGAUCUACAGGUUGGAGAAACAAGUCUGAGGGAAGGGGCAGUUUCAAUUUGGAAGGCUCUGUUUGGUUUUGUAUUAGCAGUAGUUCACUGAUCCUAGAAACGUGUUUGUUCUUCAGCUUGUCCAGAUGAAUUAGUCUCAAAAAACCUCUGCAAUCAUGUACAAAAAGAAGUCUGCUUCACACUUCACACAAAAUCAGUAAUGAAAAUAUUUGUCGUGUUGUAUAAAGUCUUGUUUACUGAACUCUCAAAUUGCUGCUUUUCAAAAACAACUCUAUAUUAUUAAACAGCAUCAUUUAAUAGAAAACA